UGUAAAACAAAAUAUUUUUUCAGACCUUCAGGAGGUGGAAAAUAUUGCCUUGGGGAAAGGAAACGGUAUCGCUCCUGUAACACAGAUCCAUGCCCUUCUGGGGCCCGAGAUUUUCGAGAAAAGCAGUGUGCAGAUUUUGACAAUAUGCCUUUCCGGGGAAAAUAUUAUAACUGGAAGCCCUACACUGGAGGUGGGGUGAAGCCCUGUGCAUUAAAUUGCUUGGCUGAAGGUUACAAUUUUUACACGGAACGUGCCCCUGCAGUGAUAGAUGGAACUCAGUGUAAUGCCGAUUCACUGGAUAUCUGUAUCAAUGGAGAAUGCAAGCAUGUAGGCUGUGAUAAUAUUUUGGGAUCUGAUGCUAGGGAAGACAGAUGUCGAGUGUGUGGAGGAGAUGGAAGCACAUGUGAUGCCAUUGAAGGGUUUUUCAAUGAUUCAUUGCCCAGAGGAGGCUACAUGGAAGUUGUACAUAUUCCAAGAGGUUCUGUCCAUAUUGAAGUCAGAGAGGUGGCCAUGUCAAAAAACUACAUUGCUUUAAAAUCUGAAGGAGAUGACUACUAUAUUAAUGGUGCCUGGACUAUUGAUUGGCCAAGGAAGUUUGAUGUUGCUGGAACAGCUUUCCAUUACAAGAGGCCAACUGAUGAACCAGAGUCACUGGAAGCCCUGGGUCCCACCUCAGAAAAUCUCAUUAUCAUGAUUCUACUUCAGGAACAGAAUUUGGGAAUUAGAUAUAAGUUCAACGUUCCUAUCACUCGCUCGGGCAGUGGAGACAAUGAAGUUGGCUUUGCAUGGAAUCAUCAGCCUUGGUCAGAAUGCUCCGCUACUUGUGCUGGAGGUAUCCAGAAGCAAGAAGUGGUGUGUAAAAGGUUAGAUGACAAUUCGAUUGUCCAGAACAAUUACUGUGACCCUGAUGGCAAACCACCAGAAAACCAGAGGGCUUGCAACACUGAACCUUGCCCACCUGAGUGGUUUAUUGGGGAUUGGUUGGAGUGCAGCAAGACCUGUGAUGGUGGAAUGCGCACGAGGACAGUGCUCUGUAUCAGGAAGAUCGGACCUUCUGAGGAAGAGACACUGGACUACAGUAGCUGUUUAACCCAUCGGCCCAUUGAAAAAGAGUCCUGCAACAACCAGUCUUGUCCCCCUCAAUGGGUUGCUUUGGACUGGUCAGAAUGCACUCCAAAAUGUGGUCCAGGAUUCAAGCACCGGAUUGUUCUAUGCAAGAGCAGUGACCUUUCUAAAACGUUUCCAGCUGCCCAUUGCCCAGAGGAAAGCAGACCUCCUGUCCGCAUCCGCUGCAGCUUGAGCCGCUGCCCUCCUCCUCGCUGGGUGACUGGAGACUGGGGCCAGUGUUCUGCUCAGUGUGGACUUGGACAGCAAAUGAGGACCGUUCAGUGCCUCUCCUACACGGGGCAAGCAUCCAGUGAUUGUCCAGAAACAGUCCGGCCUCCAUCGAUGCAGCAGUGUGAGAGCAAAUGUGACAGUACUCCCAUUUCCAAUACUGAAGAGUGCAAAGAUGUGAACAAAGUGGCCUAUUGCCCACUGGUGUUGAAGUUUAAGUUCUGCAGUCGCGCAUACUUCCGACAGAUGUGUUGUAAGACAUGCCAAGGACACUGACCACAGAGAGCAAGAAAAAGAGACCGCCUUGUUAUUUCAUCGUGGAGAUGUGUCCAUCAAAGAGAGCCACCCAGAGGAAGGGGAUUGACGUCCUUGCAAAUGCAUUACCCUGUGGAAAUCGUAACCACUGGUCAGCCCCAGCUGACAGGAUUUCAAUAUUAUUUUAACUUCUGUGAAGUGGGAUUUAUUGAUCCAAAGUGCUGGACACAGUAUAAGGAGGGAAUGCCAGAUUGGAGAGAUCCAAGCAACACAGACAGCAUCAAUCACUUACCGUGGAACUGUUGUGUUCUUUCGAGUAAUAGUCCGUUUACCUCCUUGGACCAUUAAGAUAAUUUUUAUUAUGGACUUAGCAAUGACACUGAAUCCAUUUGUAUUUAAAACUGUUUAAAAUGUAGCUGUUAUGACUUGGUCUACCAUGGAAGUAAAGAAGAUUCAGAAAUCUGAAGUCAUAGCUUAAAAAUAUUUACUGUAUUAUCUCACUACAACAGCACCACAGUUUAAAUUAUAAAACCAGGCUUUAAAAUGUUAUUUAAGGAGCAAUUAUAAAUCAGAAGUAAAGAAUAUUUGUAUUAUUUUUCUUCAUUCCACCUCAUUUCCUUAGGAGCAAUAUUCCUUUUCUGAACACUGCUGUGAGCCAUUUAUAAAAUGCUAUUAAACAGAGUGACAAUGAGGAACAGAGUGGGCAGUGCAUCAGGCACUGCAGCUGGGCAUGAAAUACAAGUCUAUGUACAUUCAUUGCUAAUAGUAUGUAGCCAUCUUGCCACUGGACAAGCAAAGCUGAGAUUUCUAUUAAUAUUUUAAGGGAAAAGCAUUUCAAUUCCGUAUAAAAGCCAGACUCAAGAUGUAAUGGAGACUGAGCUGCCAGGCUCUGGGUUGUCCCUAUAUGGGCAGGAUACCUGGGUUCCUAUUUUGACCUCUCCAGCUGCCAUUGUUUACGUCAUUAGACCCAGAAUGGCUCAUUGCAACAACCAGUUGGACUUAGAAUGUGCAAAAGAUUGCCUGGCUUUAUCAUAAUAAGACCUUUCUGCAAAUUACAUUGAUAGUUCAGUGGGAUCCAGAUGCCCCUUUCUUUGAUAUGGUAGAGGGGCAUUUAUUUAUAGGAAAGUAAGAGAAUAUGUGUGUGUGUGCAUGGGUGCACCCAUACUUGUGUGUGCAUGCUUUGGGGUGUGUAUGAAUAGAGCAGUGUGUACUUGAAGGUAACAUGCCAUUUCUGUGAGCAUCAGAGAGGAUUGUAACCAAAGAAGAAAAGAUAUGUGAGGACUAUUGGUUACUGUAACCUCAUUUUAUUACUCCCUGGAACAUGGGUUUUCAUUUGCUUAUGGCUACUCUGAAUUGUGAUUAAAUGUGAAACCCAGUUCCUUGGACAAAUCCAAUUCUAAAAUCCAGUGAAUCUAAAAAUACAAAGGCCAGUUCUUUUUCUUUUUUAUUCCUUGUCCCAUGUCCUACUCUACAUGGGACUCAAUAAGGAGAUAAAGAAAGAGAAUGCUUGCUUAUCAGAAUAUUUUAUUCACUUGCAUUUGGGCUUUUGUAUCCCUUUCUACAGAUCUCCAUUGUAGUGAACAUUAUAUCAUGUGAACAUCGAAAAAUACCUUGUGCUUAAGACUAAAAACCCAAAAGAUACUUUUAGGAAUUGUCAGUGAAAAAACAUCUUAGAGCUCAACCCAAUUCAUCCCUGUAAUCUCAAACAGCACGUCACAUUUCUCCCAUAGAACCAGUAGGGAUUAAUGUGAAGAGGAGCUGGAUUUCUCUCUGUGUCUCUUUCUCUGUGACUAUGUGUGUGCAUGAAUGACUGUAUGUAUUUGUGUGUGUGUGUGUGUGUGUGUGUGUGUAUCUCUGUCUGUCUCUGUCUCUCACUUUUUUACCCUAUAAGGAAAGAGAAAAAAAAUCAUACUCUGAUUCUUGAACUCUGAAAAUUAAUCAAACUAUGAAUAUUUUAGGCUAAUUUCUUUGGGAUGCUGUUCAGCACACUACUUUUAAGUGUGAUCAUUCCUACCCCAUCACCAGCUUUCUCUUUCAAUAUCACAUCAAGCUUCCAAGUUUCCACAAUGUGCUUUUUGUACAGGUUUGGGAGCCCUUGAUGAUAUAAAAAGUGGUUUCUCAUAUAGACCUCUUGGAUGCCACAGACCUAGCAAAUGAAUUUCAUCUGUCCUCUUCAUGUGGUUACCUUGGUGCUAGUGUAUCCUAGUGAGGUCAAGAAAAGAGAAAGGUGGGGUUCUGGCAACUUCCAAGCACAGGUGGCUCUCAGGAUCAGAUUUUUCUCCAGGCCUGAUUAUAAAUAUUAGCUAAUGUUUCUUCAUCAAAGGAGUUUCGUUAAUAUUGUUAACUAGAGGAGAAAGACCCUCCCCCUUUUUUUUUCUUUACCUCACUUAAAAUAUUAACUUUGCAGAGGCUGUCCCCAUGGGCACAGCUUGAUGCUCUCUCUGGUGCUAGAACACAAGGGUGUCCAAUGUUUACUGGUCAACUUCAACGACUCUGUGGCUGGAAUUUAGAGAAUCCCCUAGAGUAAAAUCAGAUUGCAUUGUUAAAGGGAAUAAAACACAGAAUAUAUCUGGGUUUAUAAACUGAAGAAGGCUUCAGACUAGGACCUGAAAGUGAAACCCGACUCAAAAAAAAUUAUUUCUUCUUUCUUUUCUACAGCACAGUAGAUUGCUGCUACUGCUGCUUUUGUAGCCUCCUCUGUAAUCCAAACUAAAUAACACUAUGUUCUCAAUAACAACAGGAUCUUCCAAAGAAGCUGAUUCACUUCACGCAGGCCCCAGUCUAGUAAUAGUAGUAGUUGUAGUAUUAGUAGUAGUAGUAACAUAUUGAAGGCACCAAAAAAACCUAUUGGGCAGUAUCAGUCACUAGGGUUAUUACAAUCUAACAACAGCAACAACAAAAAGGUAAAAUGUAUACUUACUAGUAAAGUAUAGUGACUGGACAAGUCACUUAAUCCCAAUUGCCUUGAAAAAAAAAGAGGAUAAAAUGUGUCCUAGAGCUUAAACUCCCUCCUGAUGGGGUUUAACCCCAAAAGAACCCAUUUAAUUAGCAUCUUUAUUAAUGGAGUGAAUGUCACAUAGAUAUCCUUAACAAUACAGAAUUAAAUUACCUUUGUAUUAUUGUGAUUAGUUACUUAUUAUUUUAUAUUCAGUAUUAAUGUGGUACACUGUUAUUUUUUUUUUUGCUUUUGUAAAUUAUAUUCUAAUUUAUUGCCAUGUUUCCUAACACUUGUCCUACAUUCAUCCUCCUGCUUGUAAUGAAAACAAAAAUUUUGUAACACUUGAUGGAGUGAAAUUCCACACCAGGCACAGAUUUUUUUUUUUAACAUAGAUAAUUUAGUAAAAUAAAAAUCCGCUUAUAAUGAUGA